UUAUAUAUAAUCUCAAAAUUGUACUUCUAAGCAUCAUAUUUGACAAGAACUCAAGAUAACCUUAGCAAAUACGAAAAAAUAAGGUCAAUGGUUGAUCAUAUGACCCUUUCUCAUUUGAUCUCUUGUAGCCGAUUAAACCAACUUCAAAAGAAAUGAUUGCAGCAAUCGGAGCGAAUAAAGUAGUUUUGGUAACCGGAAGUAGUUCUGGGUUCGGAGCGGCAACCGCAGUCAAAUUUGUGGAGAAGGGAGCUCGGAAGGUCGUCAUUACAGCCAGAGGGCUGGAGGGUCUCGAGGACACGAAACAGAGAUGUCUGGAAGCUUCAGAAGAUGCGGAUGUUUUCAUUGUUAAAGGUGACUUGACUAAAACAGAGGACUGUGACAAUUUGGUCAACAAAACGAUUAAUAAGUUCGGGAGAAUCGACGUGCUUGUCAAUAACGCAGGAGCGAAUAUCCUGGGCGGCCCCAUAACUUCCCAAGACGUUGAGAAAUAUGACGUCAUGUUUUCUAUCAAUGUUCGAGCCGUAUACUAUCUCACUUACCUGUGUAUUCCCUAUCUGCGUGCAACACGAGGCAACAUUGUCAACAUUUCCAGCAUUGCUGGCUCUAUACCUAUUCAGAACUGCAUUCUCUACUGCAUGACGAAAUCCGCCAUUGAAAUGUUCACUAAGUGCCUAGCCGCAGACGAAGGUGUACAUGGGGUGCGGGCUAACUGUGUUGCGCCCGGAGUUAUUCUCAACGGGUUCCAUCAGCGAUUCGGCAUGUCUGACGACGACGUCGAGGGUCUAAAGGAGCGGGUAAAAGUUAGUCAUCCGGGAAACGGAGGGAGAUUGGGCGAAAAUGAAGAUGUCUCCAAAGUUAUUGUAUUUCUGGCCAGCAAUGAAGCUUCAUUCGUCACAGGACAAAUAAAUCUGGUCGACGGAGGGUUCAGCUGCUACAAUCCAAUUUAAAAGUCUGACUUGAUUGAAAAACGAAUUGAAAAACGUCGGGGAAAACAAAUAAAUUUAAACUUAACUUCAAUUUACAAAUUGAUCAAUAAUCUAUUUCAAAUUUAUAAUAUAUCUAUAUCAAUGUUUUUA